UCCCCCAUGCCGGCAGGGACAGGGCCGCUCCGUCGCCUUUAAGCGCGGCGGGGGCCGGCGCGGGGCGGAGCGGGGCGGUGGCGGCGCAGAGCGGGCGCGGGCUCGGGCUCGGCCGCGGCGGCAGCAGCAGCAGCAGCAGCGGGGCCAUGGCCGCCGACGUGUUCAUGCGGCCGGCGCGGCUGCUCGGGGCGGCGGGGCCGCUGUCCCCCCGCACGGAACCCGACGAGGACUCGUCGGACACGGACGACGGCGGAGCGUCGCCGGGCGGGGGGCGGCGAUGCGGCCCGCGGCGGGGGCAACCCCCGGGCCCGCAGAUCAUCCACUCGGGGCACUUCAUGGUCUCGUCGCCGCACAGCGAGCACCCGCCCAAGAAGGGCUACGACUUCGACACGGUCAACGAGCAGACCUGCCAGACCUACCAGUUCGGGGCGGCCCGCGGCGGCAGCGGCGCCGGCGGCCGCCUCAGCAUCGACGCGUCCCUCACGAAGCUGUUCGAGUGCAUGUCCCUGGCCUACAGUGGAAGGUUGGUUUCGCCAAAAUGGAAAAAUUUUAAGGGAUUGAAGCUUCAGUGGAGAGAUAAAAUCCGUCUCAAUAACGCCAUCUGGAGGGCCUGGUACAUGCAGUACCUGGAGAAGCGCAAGAACCCCGUGUGCCACUUUGUGACCCCUCUGGAUGGCUCCGUGGAUGUCGAUGAGCACCGGCGGCCAGAGGCCAUUGCAACAGAAGGGAAGUACUGGAAACGAAGAAUUGAAAUAGUCAUUAGGGAAUACCACAAGUGGAGAACAUACUUCAAGAAAAGGUUACAGAAACACAAAGAUGAAGAUCUUUCAAGUUUGGUCAGGGAUGAUGAUGUGGUUCUCUGGCAAAAGAGAAGGUAUGGCAGAGAAACCCCAGUCCCCAUGGAGGAAGGCAGCCUCUUGGAUGCAGACAUGCUCAUGUCCGAGUUCACCGACACCCUGUUCUCCACACUCUCCUCACAUCAGCUGGUUUCCUGGCCAAAUUCCAGGGACAUAGGACACUUAGGAAAUGCUGACAUGAUUCAACCAGGGCUUAUUCCUCUCCAACCAAAUUUUGAUUUUAUGGAUACUUUUGAGCCUUUUCAGGAAUUAUUCACGCCCAGUCGCUCCAGUAAUUAUUUCCCUUCCGUGUCUGCUGUCAGCUCAGCUACCACAGACAGCAGCAGCCACUCCUCCCAGUCUCCUGUCCUGACAUCGGGUUCGUUGCCCAGCACACUUCCAGCAGAGAACAUCAGCGAUGGACUGAUUCCUUCCUCAGUACCUGCUCCUGUCAUUCCUGACGUCGUUGCUGAUCAGUGUUCCAGCAUUAGAAGUGGGGGACCUUUCAUCCAGCCGGCAGACUUCCCUCCCGACUCGUCUCUCAGCGGGCCACAAACUUUUAUGUCAGUGUUCCAGCCGGCGCUGCCGCUGCUGCAGCCCACGAGUGCCCAGCAGCAGUCCCCGCUGCCCGCGGUGCCGCUGAGCUCCAGCCCGGGCCCCGCCCCCGCCGCCUUCGCUGCUCCAGAAACCCCCAAGUUCCUCUGUGAAUCCUCUGUCAUCACUCACACGGCUUCUGCCACGCUGACCCACAACGCCCCUGCCACCACCUUCAGCCAGAGCCAGAGCCAGAGCCUGGUCCUGGCCACGCAGCAGCCGGGGGCAGGAGUGCCUUGUAACCUGGCCUUCCAGACUGCUGUAGUGCAGGGGCAGCCCCGGCCCCAGCUGCAGUCCCAGCUGACAUUUGCACUCCCCAAACCUGUUCCUCUGGCCAGUGCUGGGACAAGGCCCAAACAGUCACAAAAAAUAGUGCCUGCUCCGAAGCUUGAAACAGUGUCCUUACUGGUAAAGAAUGCCUUCAUCACCCCAGCUGCCUUUCAGGGACAGUCCAGAGCUGUGAUUGUAACUCCAGCACCUUUAAAAAGAGAGGGGAUUUUGACGCCAGCCACGUCUCAGUCUAAUGUUGCAAUUGCACCAGCUGGAAUUGUCAGAGCUCCCGGGGUGACGGAGUUCCGUAGUAACAUUCUGGUUGGUCCAGCACAGCGAGCACCAAGUAGUCAACAAAGCCAGUCCACAGUCUCACAUCUCUUCCCUCCUAGUGUAGUCCAGGAUGUGUUGGUGAAAGGAGAGCACAUCCCUUCCCACUGUUGCAGUUCACAAGUUCCCUCACCUACACCUAGCCGGGACUGUCAGAAUUCAGGCCAGGCUUCCCCCUGCACCUCUGAGCAGAGCCCCAGUCCACAGUCACCUCAGAGCAGCUGCUCAGGAAAACCUGCCACUGACCCUACUAUGGCUGCACUUAAGAAUCGAAGGAUGAAGCAUCUUUCAGAACAAAAACGAAGGUUUAAUAUCAAGAUUGGUUUCAGUGCUCUGAACAGCUUGGUGUCAGCCAACUCCAAGUUGAUCAGCCAUGCCAUCACGCUCCAGAAGACAGUGGAAUACAUCUCCAAGCUGCAGCAGGAGAGGACACAGAUGCAGGAGGAAACCAGGCGCCUCCGGGAGGAAAUCGAGGAGCUGAACGCCACCAUCCUUUCUUGCCAGCAACAGCUGCCUGCUACAGGGGUUCCUGUAACACGGCAAAGGUUUGACCACAUGAGGAAGUUGUUUGAUGAGUACGUGAGAAGCAGGACAUUGCAGAACUGGAAGUUUUGGAUUUUCAGCAUUAUUAUUAAGCCAUUGUUUGAGUCCUUCAAUGGGAUGGUUUCCACAACAAGCUUUAAGGAUCUGAACGACACUGCACUGGCCUGGUUGGAUCAGCACUGUUCUCUUCCUGUUCUGAGGCCAAUGGUGCUGAACACCCUGUGGCACCUGAGCAGGAGCACCUCGAUCCUGUCGGAUCCGUCGCGGCUGCCGGAGCAGGCACGGGAGGCCGUGGCGAAGGUGAACAAGAGAGCUGGGGAGACCUAACAACCAAAGACACUGAGGUGCUUGUCCCAGGGGUGGAGAAGCUGCCAGGCCCUGCCUGCCCAGGCUCCUCCAGUCAGUGCACUUUAGAAAGGAUUCUCUCCAUCACCCGACACAUUGUUCAGGGUACCUGGCCCUGCCUUGUGAAGAGGUGCAGGUGAUGCAGUUGUCAGAACGUUUGGGUUCCUCUCCAGUGCUGUGCUGUGCUCUUGUCACGUGGGAGAAAAAAAAAAAACAACAAAACACCAAGCUCAGGUAAACUCAGCAGGUUUGAGCCCUGCAGGCAGCAAUAGAUCUCCAUCAAUGCAUCCUUAUGCAACUAA